CCCACCGGCGACACGAUGGUGACGAUCCUGAGCACGGUGGAGGCGCAGGCUCCCAGCGCCGCGGGGCCCUCGGGCUGCGGCCCCGUCCCCGUCCCCGUCCCCGUGCCCGUGGUGGCCGUGCCGGGCCCGGGGGUGGCGGCGGCGCUGCCCAACGGGGCCCCCCCGGGGCCCCCCCCCGUGGCCGACGACAGCAAAACGAACCUGAUCGUGAAUUACCUGCCCCAGUCCAUGAGCCAGGAGGAGCUCAGGAGCCUCUUCGGCAGCCUCGGAGACAUCGAGUCCUGCAAGCUCGUCAGGGACAAGGUCACCGGGCAAAGCCUGGGCUACGGCUUCGUCAACUACGUGGAGGCCGGCGACGCCGACAGGGCCAUCGGGGCCCUCAACGGGCUCAAGCUGCAGACCAAGACCAUCAAGGUGUCCUACGCCCGGCCCAGCUCGGCGUCCAUCCGCGACGCCAACCUGUACGUGAGCGGGCUGCCCAAGGCCAUGGGGCAGAAGGAGAUGGAGCAGCUCUUCUCGCAGUACGGCCGCAUCAUCACCUCCCGCAUCCUCGUGGACCAGGUCACGGGUGUGUCCCGGGGCGUGGGCUUCAUCCGCUUCGACAAGCGCGUGGAGGCCGAGGAGGCCGUGCGGGGCCUGCACGGGCAGAAGCCGCUCGGCGCGGCCGAGCCCAUCACGGUCAAGUUCGCCAACAGCCCCGGGCAGAAAUCGGGGGGGGCCCUGCUGAGCCUGUGCCCCGGGGCCCGGCGCUACGGGGCCCUGCACCCCCCCCCGCAGCGCUUCCGCCUGGACAAUUUGCUGAACGUGGCCUAUGGGGUGAAGAGGUUCUCCCCGCUGGCCAUCGAGGCGGUGCCGGCGCUGGCCGGGGUGGGCCUGGGCACGCCGGGGCCGGGCUGGUGCAUCUUCGUCUACAACCUGGCGCCCGAGGCGGACGAGAGCGUCCUGUGGCAGCUCUUCGGGCCCUUCGGCGCCGUCACCAACGUCAAGGUGAUCCGCGACUUCGCCACCAACAAGUGCAAGGGCUUCGGCUUCGUCACCAUGACCAACUACGAGGAGGCGGCCAUGGCCAUCGCCAGCCUCAACGGCUACCGCCUGGGCGAGCGCGUGCUGCAGGUGUCCUUCAAGACCACCAAGCAGCACAAGGCCUGAGGGACCCCCAUGAGCACCAUGGAGACCAUGGAGGAACCCAAAUGGAGACCUUGGGGACCUUGAGGGACCUUGAGGGACCCCCAUGAGCACCAUGGAGGAACUCAGCUGGAGACCUUGGGGACCUUCAGGGACCUUCAGGGACCCCCAUGGACACCAUGGAGACCAUGGAGAAACCCAAAUGGAGACCUUGGGGGUCUUCAGGGACACCAUGGAGACCACGGAGAAACCCAAAUGGAGACCUUGGGGACCUUGAGGGACCUUCAGCGACCCCCAUGAGCACCAUGGAGACCACGGAGAAACUCAACUGGAGACCUCGGGGACCUUCAGGGACCCCCAUGGGCACCAUGGAGACCAUGGAGAAACCCAGCUGGAGACCUUGUGGACCUUGAGGGACCUUCGGGGACCCCCAUGGAGAUCAUGGAGAAACCCACAUGAAGACCUGGAGACCUCAGUGUCCCCCCCAUAGACACCAUGGAGAAACCGACCAUGGAGACCUCGGGGACCUUCAGGGCCCCCCAUGAGCACCAAACACAUCCUGGAGACCUCAGGGUCCACCCUUGAGCGCCAUGGAGACCACGGAGAAACCCAAUUCAGGUCCUGGGCACCCCCUUCCAUGGACACCAAGGACAUCCUGGGUCUCCAGGAGAUGGAGAAACGCACCUGGAGACCUUGGAGAGCACGGGGGGACGCCCCCAUGAGCGCCACAGACACCAUGGAGACCCCCGAGAGCCCCUCCAUGGCCACU